AUGGCCCUCCUGCUCCUUGUCCUCGUAUCAGUGGCCCAAGUCAUCCUGCCGGCGGCUGCCGCGUCCUCCCGGAGCAGCGGCACGGGCACCGACCUCGACUCGCUGCUCGCGUUCAGGGCACAGCUCUCGGACCCUCACGGCGUCCUGCGCGGCAACUGGACCCCCGGCACGUCCUUCUGCCGCUGGCUGGGCGUGUCGUGCAGCCAGCGCCGGGAGCGCGUCACCGCCCUGGCGCUGCCCAACACUCCCCUCCAUGGGAGCGUUUCCCCCCACGUCGGUAACCUCUCUUUCCUCGCCGUCCUGAACCUCACCAACGCCAACCUCACGGGCUCCAUUCCAGCUGAGCUUGGAAGGUUGCGCCGUCUCAGGGUUCUUGCUCUUCCCCGGAACAGCAUCUCAGGUUACAUCCCGUCGACCAUCGGAAACCUCACCAGGCUAGAGAGCCUAGUUCUUUACAAUAACAGAUUAUCAGGGCUCAUCCCGCCUGAGCUGCAAGACCUGCAAAAUAUUAGGCUCUUAGAUCUGCAGAUGAACUACUUGAGUGGCAAGAUACCGGAAGAAUUAUUCAACAACACGCCCUACCUGAGCCAUCUGAACCUUGGCAACAACAGCCUUUGGGGACCGGUACCAGCUGGUAUUGGUAACUUGCCCAUGCUUCAGCUCCUUGUCUUGCAACAGAAUCAGCUCUCCGGCACAGUGCCUCCUAGCAUCUUCAAUAAGUCCUCCCUGCAAGUUCUGAGCCUCUGGAGAAACAGUAAUCUCACGGGGACCGUCCCUGACAAUGAAAGCUUUAGCCUUCCCAUGUUGCAAUUUUUAUCCCUCUCUGGAAACAACUUCAUGGGCAGGAUUCCUGUGGGACUCAGCGCGUGCCAGUUCAUCCAAGUAAUAUCUUUGUCAGAAAAUGCAUUCACAGAUGUUGUGCCAACUUGGCUGGACAAAUUGUCACACCUCUGGUACCUUGCCUUAGGUGGAAAUAACCUUGUUGGGUCAAUCCCAGUUCAGUUAACCAACAUCACUGGGCUUCAGAAGCUAGAUCUCUCAAACUGCAAGCUCAAAGGGCAAAUUCCGCCAGAAUUUGGGAAGAUGAAACCACUUUUCUAUUUGCAUCUUUCAGAUAAUGAACUGACAGGUCCAGUUCCUGCUUCCAUUGGUAACCUCUCUGACCUGUCUUUCCUAGUGUUGGAUACAAACAUGUUGAGUGGCCCGAUCCCAGCCACGCUUGGGAAUCUCGGCUCUUUAGUUCUUCUUAGUUUCGGAUGGAAUCUCUUUGAGGGAGGCCUUGACUUUCUGGGCACUCUUUCAAAUUGUAGGCAGCUCAGUUACCUUGGCAUGGCAUCCAAUUCGCACUCUGGAAGCAUCCCAGAUUAUAUUGGAAACCUGUCCAAAAACUUAGUGACUUUCCAGGCAAGUGGUAACAACUUAACUGGCGGACUUCCUGCAACCAUAUCAAAUUUAACUAGUCUCCAGUUCAUAGAUCUCGCAGGCAACAAACUGAACAGGCCAAUCCCAGAAUCUGUUGUGACAAUGGAGAAUCUCCAGGUACUUCUUCUCACCGGUAACAGCAUCUCUGGUCCCAUCCCAACCCAAAUCGGUAUGCUAAGAAGCCUUCAGCAAUUGCUUCUUGACAACAACGAGUUCUCCGGCACCAUACCUGAUGGCCUUGGUAAUCUUAGUAUGCUACAGCGUAUUUCUGUGUCCCAUAACCAGUUGUCUUCAACCAUACCACAGGGUUUAUUUAAUCUUGACAACCUUAUCGAACUUGACAUGUCAAACAACCACUUGGUCGGUACUCUCAAAGCUGAGCUAGGAAGCAUGAACGCCAUAAACAAAAUAGAUCUCUCCAGCAACCAGCUACUUGGUGACCUUCCAGAUUCAUUCGGACAACUACAGAUGCUGACCUACCUCAAUUUGUCACAUAACUCGUUUCAAGACUCGAUCCCAAGUUCUUUUGGCAAGUUAGCGAGCAUGGAAACAUUGGAUCUCUCCUACAAUGACCUCUCUGGCAACAUCCCAAUGUACCUGGCCAGUUUUACUUACCUCAUCAAUCUGAACCUCUCCUUCAAUAAGCUUCAAGGACGUGUACCAGAAGGAGGCAUUUUCUCAAACAUCAGUUUGGAGUCCUUGUUAGGGAACAAUGCACUUUGUGGAGCUCCACGCCUAGGUUUUCCCCCAUGUACGGCCAUAUCUCACUCAACGAGUGGACAGAUCCUAAAAUUUGUACUCCCUGCUGCCCUUGCAGCAUUUGGAGCACUAGCUGUUUGCUUAUACGUAACAAUAAGAAGGAAAGCAAAAAAUCCAGGAGCGACGACAGGUUCCGGUGAUGUUACUGAUGAGAUCAGCCACAGAUUAGUAUCUUAUCACGAGAUUGUUCGUGCCACUAAUAAUUUCAGCGAUGAUAAUUUUUUGGGAAUGGGAUGUUUCGGCAAAGUUUUCAAGGGACAGCUGAACAAUGGCUUGGUGGUUGCCAUCAAAGUUCUAAACGUACGAUUGGAAGAAGCUACAAAGAGCUUUGAUGCUGAAUGCCAGGUGCUGAGCAGGGUUCGACACCGCAACUUGAUAAGGAUAGUGAACAUUUGUUCAAACCUAGACUUCAAAGCACUGUUACUUCAGUACAUGCCUAAUGGUAACUUGGAUACACAUCUGCACAGUACAGACAAGCCACCCUUAAGAUUCCUCAAGAGACUGGAUAUCAUGCUAGAGGUGUCGAUGGCAGUGGAGUAUCUGCAUUAUCAGCACCAUGAGGUAAUCUUGCAUUGUGACCUGAAGCCUAGCAACGUGUUAUUCGAUGACGAUAUGACGGCACACGUGGCAGAUUUUGGCAUAGCAAAACUCUUGCUAGGUGACAGUAACUCGGUGGUUUCUGCAAGCAUGCCUGGAACAAUCGGAUAUAUGGCACCAGAGUAUGGUUUCAUGGGGAAGGCAUCAAGGAAGAGCGAUGUGUUUGGUUUUGGAAUCAUGCUGCUUGAGGUAUUCACCGGUAAGAAGCCUACAGAUCCCAUGUUUGUUGGGGAACUGAGCCUUAGGCAGUGGGUUCAACAAGCAUUUCCAUCGGGGAUCGGCCAUAUUAUGGAUGGUAAUGUACCAAAAGAGGAUGAGAUUGUGCAUGGUUUUCACCACACCAUCAACUCUUCAGAAGUUUCUCAUAGCACCCUGCAUAGCACUCUCACAUCGGUAUUCCAGUUGGGUCUGCUGUGCUCAAGUGAAUUGCCUGACGAAAGGGUGACUAUGACUGAUGUUGUUGCCAAGUUGAAGGAGAUCAAGGACGAUUUGAAGCUGGAGUCCAGUUCAGCAUGAGGUGUCCUAUGUUUUGCUUUUUUUUUUUGAAAAGAUUCGAGGUGGCCUAUGUUGCCGAACAUAAUAUACUAAGGU